GCCCUACGGUGGCCGCGGAGGGACGGCGCUACGGCUCCCACGCUGGGCCAAACGCUGCCGGCCGCCGGACGCGCGAGCCCCGGGCCCUCCGGGGCGCCCUCGGGCGGGGACGCGUGAGCGGCCGGGCCCCGCAGUCGCCGCGCCCUCGGCACCAUGCGGCCGCCCUGCUCCUGCAGCCCCUCGUGCCGGGGGGACCCGCCGGCCCGGCCGCCCGCACCGCCGGCCUCCCCCGACGCCGGCGCGGAGAGGGCACCUGGCCACCGCCUCCCCCAGGGCUCAGCUGCUGGCUUCCAGGCCUAGGUGCCCAUGACGCCUAUGCUGACCACUGCCCGGACACCACCGCUGCCACAAGCUAGCACCACCGCCCGGGCCCCAAUGCCGGUCAUGCCCAUCCCGCGGCGGGUGCGCUCCUUCCACGGCCCGCACACCACCUGCCUGCACGCAGCCUGCGGGCCGGCGCGCACCUCCCGCCCGGCGCGCACUAAGUACAACAACUUCGACGUCUACAUCCGGGCGCGCUGGCUCUACGGCUUCAUCCGCUUCCUGCUGUACUUUAGCUGCAGCCUGUUCACGGCCACGCUGUGGGGCGCGCUGGCCGCCCUCUUCUGCCUGCAGUACCUGGGCGUGCGCGUCCUGCUGCGCUUCCAGCUCAAGCUGUCGGUGCUGCUGCUGCUGCUUGGCCGCCGGCGCGUCGACUUCCGCCUCCUGAACGAGCUGCUCAUCUACGGGAUCCGAGUAACCGUGCUGCUGGUUGGGGGCCUGGGCUGGUGCUUCAUGGUCUUCGUGGACAUGUGAGGGGCAGCGGCGGGCCUGGCUCUGGGGUUUCUCUGGCCCGACCGGCGGCGGUGGGUGCGCCUGUGGCCGCGUUCUCCUCGACGGGGUAGGUCAGGUCCUUGUUCUUCCCAAGCCGGCUCACGGAUGGGGGUCGGCCC